UCUGUAACACCACGACUCCAUUUCUAUUUGCUUGAAGAAAAUCACUCCGUCAAGCUUUGUUCAUCGCUCCAAACAAGCAGAAAACUGGAAAAGUUCGGUUUGUAUCAUUGUAUGUUGAAUUAACCAGUCGUUCACCAUCUUCAUUCGUCUUCCCGUCCUGUGAAACGGCCUGGUAUGGUUUUUUGAAUGCUAGCAUGGCGUUUUCUAGAGCUGCAAAACGUUCCCUUGGAAUUAUGAUUGCUAACAGGCUGCUGAACAAUGCUAGUCGACGUGGAUUUUCCGGUUGCGCAAGCAGUAGGAUCUUUGUUGGUGAAGGUGUUCAAUAUGGAAGUUCAGUUCCCUACGCUUGCGAUGCCAAUUCUGUUCUUUAUUCGAGACUUAGUCUGCUGAGAAGAUUUAGUGUGGAAACCCCCGCCGGGUCGGACCAGAUGAGUCUCAUAAGGCAGCUGAGAGAAAGGACUAGUGCACCAAUUAAAGACGUCAAGGCUGCUCUUAUUGAUUGCAAUUGGGAUAUUGAAGCAGCACAGACAGAACUGCGAAAAAGAGGAAAGGUGCUGGCCCUGAAAAAGUCUUCUCGAACUGCUGCUGAAGGCCUUCUUGCCUUGGCCCAAAAUGAAACCAAAGCUGUUGUUAUUGAACUUAACUGCGAGACUGACUUUGUUGCUAGGAAUGAGAUUUUUCAAUACUUGGCUCUAUCUUUAGCAAGGCAAGCAUUGUUGUCUGAGAGUUUGUCUCAUGACGUUUCCGGGACUUUUCCUGUUGGACUAGAGCAAUUGGAGGGAAUGAAACUAAAUCUCGAACACCCAAAAAUUAAUGGAGAAACAACAGCUCUUAAUGCAGUUACUGAAGUAGCAGCCAUAAUGGGGGAGAAUAUUAAGCUAAGACGAGGUUUUUCGAUGUCUGCUUCUUCAAGUGGUGUUAUUUCUACAUACCUCCACACAAGUCCUCAGCCAGGUUUGGGUCGUAUUGCUGGAAUUUUGUCUCUUGAAGUUGAGGGUGGUAAUUCAAAGUCAGAUGCUCUUCAACGUGUUGGAUCAGAAUUAGCAAUGCAUGUAGUGGCUGCAAAGCCGUUGUUCUUGACAAAGGAACUCGUUGCUUCUGACGCAUUAGAGAAUGAACGUGAAGUUCUCAAGUCUCAGGCUGAAACAACUGGCAAAUCUCAAAUGGCUAUAGAAAAGAUGGUUGAAGGUCGUUUGCGGAAGUACAUGGAAGAAGUUGUCCUGAUGGAGCAGAAGUUUAUUGUUAAUGAUAGUGUAAAUGUCAAGACGUUGCUGGAUAACCUGUCCAAGGAAGUGGGUUCGCCAGUGAAGAUUGGAAACUUUCUAAGAGUUGGAGUCGGGGAAGGAAUUGAUAGGCUGGAAACGUUGGAUUCAUCUGAGCCUGUGGCUCAAGCUGCAUAAAUAUAGAGGUCUGGUACUAGCUCUACAAUUUAUUAAGUUCCAUAGCAUCCUCAGUCGCUGCAGAAAUUUUCAGGAGCAAGCAUCUAGCAGAAAUUGCCUCCCCCUUGCUUUUAGCAUUACAAGGAUUGUAUGUAUUACCUAGAAACACUUUGCGUAACGCCACGCUGCAUUUUUGUUUAUCAUUCGUGCCUGAUUACAAGAUCGACUGACCAAUAAAUUUUGAAAUCAGGGUCAGUUGAGAGUUUGUGUUACUUCACACAAACUGUGCUUCUUAUUUAUUCAUGAAACUAGAUUCUCUUACAAAUAACAACCCCACAAUAUCCUGAGGUUGUUCUUAUGAAAUUUAUAAGGGAAUAGAUGCUAUAAGUUGUGGCUAUUGAGGUUAUUAUCACAUUACCACUUCGAGCUUGGGAGUCCUGUUGCUAUUAA